AUGGCAAAAUCUUUUGAUGCCUCAAAUUUACCUUCAUUACCAUUCACUAAUAGCGCAACACAUUUGGGUAAAGGAUUAAUUAACCCAUUAGUUAAACAAGUACCACAACAAUUACCAAAACUUACAUUAUUAGAUAAUUCAGUAAAUAAAAUAAGACCUGGCAUUUUACCAUCAUCAGGAGGAAAUGCACAACAUGCAUUACCAUCAUUAUUUAAUGAAAUUCAUACAUCAAUUCCUGUUCAGAAACCCAAAGGAAGGAAAAAAACAAAUUUUUCAGAAGAGGAAGAAGUUCCUACCGAAUCACAUUAUGUUUUACGUUCAAGAAGUGAAAGAAAAAUCCCGACAUUAUCAAUAGAAGAAGAAGAAGAUUCAGAUUAUGAUCUUGAAUUUGAGAAAAAGAAAAAGAAAGAAAAUGUAUUUGAAAAUGGUAUUAUAGAUAACCCUUCAGCUUCUAAAGUCUUUGAAAAGAUUUUAGCUAUCAAACAAGAAGAUGGAAAACAAUUAAUUUGUGUUAAAUGGAAAGGGUUGAGUUAUCUCCAUAUAGAAUGGAUAUCAGAAGAACAAUUUUUAUUAAUAGGAGGAAAUGUGAGUGGAAAUAAACAAAAAAUAAAACGAUUUUUACAAAAGAAAAAUAAUGAUGAAGAAAAAGAUAUUUUCCCAAUAGAAAAUACAGAAAUUGAACGAAUUAUUUCUGCAAAUACCGAACGAACAAGAUAUUUAGUUAAAUGGCAAAAGUUACCAUAUACAGAAUGUACAUGGGAAAAUAUUAAUGAUAUUUCUGAUAAAGAAAAAAUCAAUGAAUUUGAAAAACGUUCUAAAUGUUCAAUUGUUGCACCAUUACCAAAACGUGUUUGGCAAAAGAAAGUUGAAUCACCAAAUUAUAAACAUGGAAAUAAAUUAAGAUCAUAUCAAUUAGAAGGGCAUAAUUGGUUAGUAUUUAAUUGGUGUAGAGGGAAAGGAUGUAUUCUUGCAGAUGAAAUGGGGUUAGGUAAAACAGUUCAAGUAGUAUCAUUUUUAGAACAUUUGUAUUCAUUCCAAAAAUUACAAGGUCCAUUCCUUAUUGUAGUACCAUUAUCUAUGAUUGAGCAUUGGCACCGUGAAAUAUUAGAAUGGACUGAUAUGAAUGUAGUUAUUUAUCAUGGAUCAAAAGGUAAUCGUCAGUUAGUUAAAUACUAUGAAUGGUAUUAUAAAGAUUUUCAAGGAAAGUUAAUACCUGGACAUCUUAAAUUUCAUGUGUUACUAACAACUUAUGAAAUAGUUAUUAGUGAUUGGGAAGAUUUAUCAAAAAUAUCAUGGUUAGUAACUGUUGUUGAUGAAGCACAUCGUCUAAAAAAUAAAGAUUCAAAACUAUUAAAAGCACUAUGUAAUAUUCAAACAAACCAUAAAGUUUUACUUACUGGAACACCAAUUCAAAAUAAUCUUGGAGAAUUAUGGACAUUAUUAAAUUAUAUUGAACCUAAGACAUUCCCAUCAUUAGAAGAAUUUGAUCAUGAAUUUAAUUCACUUGAUAAAAGUGCAGAACAAGUAAAUAAAUUACAAGAGAGUAUUAAACCAUUUUUCUUAAGGAGAAUGAAAAAUGAAGUAGAAAAAUCAAUUCCUCCUAAAGAAGAAACAAUUAUUGAAGUUGAAUUAACAAUGGUUCAAAAACAAUAUUAUCGUGCAUUAUAUGAAAAAAAUAGAGAAUUUUUAAAUAAAGGAUGUGUUGGAUCAAAUGUUCCUAAUUUACAAAAUUUAAUGAUGCAAUUAAGAAAAGUAUGUAAUCAUCCUUAUCUUAUUCCUGGUGUUGAAGAAAAAGAUACUGCACAAUUUCCAGAGGGAAGUCCUGAUUAUUUUAAUCAAUUAAUAAGGUCUUCAGGAAAAUUAGUGUUAUUAGAUAAAUUAUUACCAAAGUUAUAUGCAGAUCAUCAUAAAGUAUUAAUAUUUAGUCAAUUAAAGAAAGUAUUAAAUAUUAUUGAAAAGUAUUUAAAAUAUAAAGGAUAUUUUUAUGAACGAUUGGAUGGAAGUAUUAAAUCAGAAGACAGACAAAAUGCUAUUGAUAGAUUUAUGAAUCCAGAAAUGAAUAGAUUUAUAUUUUUAUUAUGUACUAGAGCAGGUGGUUUUGGUAUUAAUUUAAGUGAAGCAGAUACUGUUAUUAUUUUUGACUCUGACUGGAAUCCACAGAAUGAUUUACAAGCACAAGCUAGAUGUCAUAGAAUUGGUCAAAAAAAAGAAGUUAAAGUUUAUCGUUUAGUUAGUAAAAAUACAUAUGAAAGAUAUAUGUUUGAAAGAGCAUCUAUGAAAUUAGGACUUGACCAAGCUGUUUUAGCUAAUAUCACUACUUCUUCAGAUCCUAAAGAUAAACAGCAACCAUCAAAAGAACUUAUAGAAAGUUUAUUAAGAAAUGGUGCAUAUGGAGCUUUCAAAGAUGAUGAAGAGUCAUCAUCUAAAUUUUGUGAAGAAGAUAUUGAACAAAUUCUUGAAAAAAGGUCAUCAAAAGUAGUUUGGAAAGGUGGAGAAAAUUCAUUAGGUGGUUCUUUUUCUACUGCAACAUUUCAGUCAGAAACAGGAGAAACUAUUGAUGUUAAUGAUGAACAUUUUUGGGAAAAAGUUUUACCAAAAGAUAGAAAUGUAUCUCAACUCACAAAGAUAUUUAAUGAUGUUUUUGGAGGAAGAGCAGGAAGAACGUCACAAGCACGAAGAAAUUCAUGGAUAUUAAAUGAAAAAGAACAAUAUUUAAAAGAUGUUAAUGACUUUGCAAAACAAAUUAUUGAAGAAUAUGAAAGUAAAGGAAAAAUAAGCCCUGAUAGGGAUGGUCUUGUUUCACUUAUUGAAACCAUUCUCACUGUUAAAAGUUAUUUUGAAGAAGAUGAAGUUAAUACAUUAGAAGAAGAAUUAGAACAAUUAAAAGUUACACGACAUAGAAGAACUACUUUAAGUAGAAUGGUUAGUACAGAUAUUGAAAUGGAUGAAGAUGAAAAUGAAGAAAGUCUUACAAAGAAAAAGAAAGUAAAAAAAGAAGAAUUAAGCAUUGAAACAAAAAUCAAUUGGUAUAAUUCUGUUAUUAAUUAUGGAAGAGUUAAUUGGAUGAUUUUAAGAGAUAGAGCAAGAAUUAGUGAAGAUUGUCAACAAGAUGAAUUACGAAUAUUAACUAUACGAUUCUUAAAAAAUUGUAUUGCUGCUUGUGAUAUAAAUGGUAUUGAAAAGAAAUAUUUUGUUAAAUUACUCCUUGCAUUCCAUGAUGUGAAAAGAAAAAGAAGAGGAAAAGAUGAAGAAAUUAAUGAUGAACAUCAUUAUACUUUAGAACCAGAAUAUUCUUUUAUUACAAAUGAUGUUAAGUCUUGGGCAGUUAAAUUAAAAUAUAUUAAUCGAUUAUGUUCAUUAUUUAUUCACACAGACACGGUAAUUGGAGCACUUGUUGACAUUCCAAAUCAAAAUUGUAAUUUCCCUGAAUUAAAGAAAUGGUGGAAUGAUGAGUGUAAUAAAGAUCUUGUGAUUGGAGUAUAUAAAUAUGGUUUUUCUUCAUCUGAAUAUCUUCAACAAGACCAAAAGUUAUGUUUUGUAGAACUUAUGAAAGAUGAUGAUGAUGAAGAUAAACUUGAAAAAGAAAGUGAUGAACCUGGAGAUAAUAAAAUAGUUAUUAAAAUACCUAAAGAAUUCCCAUCAAAUAAAGACCUUGACAAACAAGCAAAAACAAUUAUUGCUUGGUUAGAUAAGUUCAUUAAAAAACAAAAAAAAGAACAUGCUUAUGAUGAAGAACAAGAAUGA